AUGACGCCGUUCACAAGUGAAAAGGAAACCAAGCAGCCCAAAACACAGCUGCGGGAUCAGGCCAGCACCAUAAUGGAUGAGAAGGAGGUGCAGAACAGUGAGGAGGAGGUGCAGAACAGUGAGAAGGAGGUGCAGAACAGUUAUGAGGAGGUGCAGAACAGUGAGAAGGAGGUGCAGAACAGUGAGGAGGAGGUGCAGAACAGUGAGGAGGAGGUGCAGAUCAGUGAGAAGGAGGUGCAGAUCAGUGAGAAGGAGGUGCAGAUCAGUGAGAAGGAGGUGCAGAACAGUGAGGAGGUGCAGAACAGUGAGAAGGAGGUGCAGAACAGUGAGAAGGAGGUGCAGAACAGUGAGAAGGAGGUGCAGAACAGUGAGAAGGAGGUGCAGAACAGUGAGAAGGAGGUGCAGAACAGUGAGGAGGAGGUGCAGAUCAGUGAGAAGGAGGUGCAGAUCAGUGAGAAGGAGGUGCAGAACAGUGAGGAGGAGGUGCAGAUCAGUGAGAAAGAGGUGCAGAACAGUGAGAAGGAGGUGCAGAACAGUGAGAAGGAGGUGCAGAACAGUGAGGAGGAGGUGCAGAUCAGUGAGAAAGAGGUGCAGAACAGUGAGAAGGAGGUGCAGAACAGUGAGAAGGAGGUGCAGAACAGUGAGGAGGAGGUGCAGAGCAGUGAGGAGGUGCAGAACAGUGAGAAGGAGGUGCAGAACAGUGAGAAGGAGGUGCAGAACAGUGAGAAGGAGGUGCAGAACAGUGAGGAGGAGGUGCAGAUCAGUGAGAAGGAGGUGCAGAACAGUGAGGAGGAGGUGCAGAACAAUGAGAAAGAGGUGCAGAACAGUGAGAAAGAGAAAGAGAACAGUGAGAAAGAGGUGCAGAACAGUGAGAAAGAGAAGGAGGUGCAGAACAGUGAGAAAGAGGUGCAGAACAGUGAGAAGGAGGUGCAGAACAGUGAGAAAGAGGUGCAGAACAGUGAGAAAGAGGUGCAGAACAGUGAGAAAGAGGUGCAGAACAGUUAUGAGGAGGUGCAGAACAGUGAGGAGGAGGGGCAGAACAGUGAGGAGGAGGUGCAGAACAGUGAGGAGGAGGUGCAGAUCAGUGAGGAGGAGGUGCAGAACAAUGAGAAAGAGGUGCAGAACAGUGAGAAAGAGAAAGAGGUGCAGAACAGUGAGGAGGAGGUGCAGAACAGUGAGGAGGAGGUGCAGAACAGUGAGGAGGAGGUGCAGAACAGUGAGGAGGAGGUGCAGAACAGUGAGGAGGAGGUGCAGAUCAGUGAGAAGGAGGUGCAGAUCAGUGAGAAGGAGGUGCAGAACAGUGAGGAGGAGGUGCAGAUCAGUGAGGAGGAGGUGCAGAACAGUGAGAAGGAGGUGCAGAACAAUGUGUAUCGAUGGAUUCCAGGAGGGUCCAACACGAAAUGA